AUGCUCCUCCAAGCCAUCCUCCUCACUCUCACAAUCCCCCUCACCCUCGCCCAAUCCGACAUCGACCGCCCCUGCGGCUUCAAAAUGGCCCCCUGCCCCUUCGACAUGAAGUGCGUCCCCGACAACCCCCGCUGCCCUCAUCCCAGCCGCUGCCCGGGCCACUGCGAGUUCAAGAACAAGUACGACCAGUGCGGCGGCUUCACGCCCCGGCCGCACAACUGCCGCAACGGGUUCCAGUGCCAGGACGAUCCCCGCCUGCCGCCCAACUGCGGCAUGGCGUGCGAUGCCCCGGGGAUUUGCGUUCCCAAGGAGACUCAUUUCUGUGGAGGGUUUAUAGGGUUGGCUUGUCCUAGGGGGUUGUACUGCUAUGAUGCGCUGGACGAAUGUGAUCCGGAGAAUGGGGGUGCGGAUUGUGGAGGAAUAUGUUUGUAG